AUGAAAUAUUCUUUCUCUUAUGGAAAACACGAUAAUAUGUCUACUGAUAAAAUUGCUCUGGUCACUGGCUAUACAGGAGAAACAGGAAAAGCACUUGUUAAAGAAUUAAUAAGUAAUAAUCAAUUUAAAAAAAUUAUUCUUGUUGGCCGUCGAAAAGUUGAUUAUACUGAUAAUAAAUAUCUAGAAAAAACGGAACAACGUGAAAUCGAUUUUGAUAAAAUCGACGAUCAUGCGGAAGCAUUCCAUGGUGCUGAUGUGCAUUUUUCUUGUCUUGGUACUACAAGAGGUAAAUCCGGAGCAGAAGGUUUUCGUCGUGUUGACUAUGAUUAUGUUGUUGGUAUAGCUCGUCUUGCUAAGCAACACGGCUGUAAACAUUUCCAUCUUGUAUCAAGUCAAGGCGCAAAUGAAAAUUCAUAUUUUCUUUAUCCUCAAGUAAAAGGCCAAUCCGAAGCUGCUAUCACGAAAAUGUCAUUUGAUCGUUUAUCAAUUUAUCGGCCAGCAGUAUUAAUGGUUGAUCGUGCUGAAAGCAGACCAUUAGAACGUUUGGCACGAACAAUACUAAGCUAUACAAUUCAACGAAUAGCACCAGAAUGGUUAACGACGCCCAUUGAUGUUCUAGGACGAGCUAUGUGUCUGAAUUCGUUCACAAAAGAUCGUCCAAAUGUUGAAAUUCUUGAUAAUCACGCGAUAUUUCGUCUUGCUGAACAACAAUCAAACUCAAAAAGCGAUCAAUCGAAAACUACAAAUGAACUUUAA